AAUCUAUAUGACACAGUCAAAAGCACACACUGAAUCAAGUUUAGCUGAGUAAGGGUUUGAUUUAGGUCACUGUUCACUUACAUAUAACAUUGUGAAAAUGUACAGUAAUGAUAAUUACAUCCUACGUUUACACACAGGUGUGGCAUGAGUAAUACAUACUGCAGCAACAACAGCACUGCUUAGGCUGAAUUAGGGUGACCAGUUCAAACCCAACUGGAAAAAUUCCUGAGUAAUGUUUUGACAUGGACAGGGACAUCCUGAUCACAGAUCGGUCCUCCUACUCUGAGAUAUUUUAUGAAUAUGUGCACAGGAUUUUAAUUUCAAUGAGAAACAACUGGGAAUUAACAGGGAAUUCAUAAAAUUUGAGAUGAAUAACUGGUUAUUUCAAUUUGGGACGAGCUACAUAUACCACAAUUUACUUUCAUUGGACUUCUUGUGACCAAUGCUAUCAGUUAGCUUAUUCAUCUCAGUCAAAUAACACUGUCGAAUACAAAAUUAACACAAAGUUUCAUUUAAUACUACGCAUUUUUGUCAAUUUGUAUACUUUAAGAGAACAGCAGUUUGGUAAAGAAAAAAAAAAAGCUCAAUUUUCCAUCUGAUUCCAAGCAUCUUUAAAUUGUAAAUUUGAUUGGGUGUAGGAUGCUUCCGGAGCCACAGAGCUGAGCGAGGAGGGCUUGCGGAAAGGGGUUUCCAGCUUAACUCAUGCUCACUGCGAUUGUUUUUGCUUGCUCAACAGGCCGGUGUUAGUGUUGCUGAGGAUACGGGGCACAGGGGAACACGCCUGUCGCAGCUCCACAGCGGUGCUCUCCGAUCGUUUAGCCGGAGAGAAGCUGGAGGGGACCUGCACAGCUGGCUCCCGUCCGUCCAGCACCCCGUCGCCCCGCCCUCUUCCAGGCUUCAGCCGUGACACUGGUUACGAAGCCUCACAGCCUGUCAGCUGGCUUCUCAGAGCAACACAAAUACACAGAAUUUUACUUAAAAUAAAUACAUAAAAAAGCAAAAUAAGAGAAAUGGGUACUCCCUCAUUCUACUUCCAGGCAUUCCGUCUUGGGCUUUCUUUGAGAGUGAGCGUCCCACAGCAUCAGCUGUGGGGCUGGGAGUAAUUGAAACAUCGGCAGUCCCAAAAGACCAGAACUCACUGGAAGCAGGGGAUGUGGAAAAAAGGAGGGUUGGGCCUCACAGCCGAUCAGAGCACAUCAUAAUGAGGACAGGAAAGAUAAUUCAGUCUGGGAGCUGGGAGCACCACACUGCAGACGGGAUCCUGAAAGCAGAGAAAGACCCAGUGCUGCGUUGUGCCCAUGCAGGGUUAAGAUGAACCGGUGGCGGAAAUCGGUGGGGGAGAUCCAGGCCAGGCGGCGGCCGGUGGUGGAGUGCGAGCGCGGACAGGACGCCCUCAGCAAGGUCACUGCCUGCUACCAGCAGCUGGCCACCUUCCUGGGGAGCAGCUCCGACUGCAGUCGUCUGAGGGAGGAGCUGGAGGAGACCCGGGCGGUGGCGUACACCAUCUCCAAAGGGCUGCAGAGGAAGCUGACGGCACUGCUGACGGAGGGCGAGCUGGCACAGGGCGAGCGGGAGGAGGUGGAGCGGCUCUGGGUGCUGUUCAUCUCCGGGCUGGAGAUGUUCCAGCAGGACCUGGCCAAGGCCGUCGCCCUCCAGGACCUGUUCCCGCUGUCCCAGCGACGCGACCGCCGGGCCCUGCUGAACGCGGGGACCACGGGCGGGGGCUCGGGCGUGGCGGCCAGGGCCGCCUCGGUGCAGCCCCCCUGGAUCCGAGCGGGCGAGGACCCCAGCCCGGACCCGCGGGCGCACGUCCUGCAGCUGGAGAGCAUGGCGCAGGAGAUGCUGCAGAAGGUCAACGUGCCCUUCUGGACCGUGGAGUCCACGCAGGAGGCCUGGGCCGAGGAGGGGGAGGCCGAGCCGGACGGGGAGGAGGAGGAGGAAGAGGCGGCGGCGGCUGUGGGGGAGGGGCUGGAGGUAGAGGUGGUUGCCACGGAGGACAAGGGGCGCGGUUGCUGCCGGAGCAAUCGCUGCCGCCUGGGCUGGGUGCUGUGUCUGCUGAACUGAGCACGGGGCACCUACUGCCAGGGACCGCUAACUUAAUUCACCCAUCUCGCUGGCCAGCAAGGGCUUAGCACAGAGGUGCCCAGCCCUGUUCCUGGAGAUCUUAUCAUCCCAUAGGUUUUCAUUCCAACCCUAAUUUGGCACAUAAGACUGACACCUACUAAUUAGCAGCUUAACAAGAUCUCUGGCUGUAGAAUGAGAUCAUUGUUAGGGUUGGAGUGACAACCAACAGGACGGCAGAUCUCCAGCAACAGGGUUGAGAACCACUGGCUUAACAUGUUAGCCAACUUAACGGUCCUCUCCAAUGAUUUGGCAAUUUCAUUCUAUAGCACAAGGUCUACCAAACAUAUUGAUAAGGUUUAAAUAGAAAAAAAAAUAUCAUGAAUGAACAUGCAGUGAGUUCCUCUUCCUUUGAGCUGAACAGGCGAUUUUGGGUGGGUGUUGCAUGUUUUUUUUUUGUUUACAUGUUCUGCCUUGAUUUAUCUGACUGGGAAUGACAGGUGCACCUCUCCCAAUCCCUGCUCACACCACUCCUGUCAACUCCCACACUACCACCGCUUGAAUUUGUGUAUCAGUUACAAGAACCUGUAUUGAAAAAUAGGCCAGGUUCUACUUCUUUCCAACAAACUCAGAUUUCAAACUCACACAUUUCAAGUGGCAUAGGCAUCAAAACGAGCCCUGCCUACUGGAAAGGAAACAUUUCCCAAAAUGCUCCAUUUUUUUUUUUUAUAUCAGGGGGUAGGCAACCCUGGUCCUGGAGUGCCAGGGAUGCGUCUGGUUUUCGUUCCAGGAGCUGAAUCAGGAGUUGGUUGAACGAUUGAAAGUCUGCGGCUGAAUAUUAUGAACCGUAAAACAGAGUGCCUCCAGCACAUGGGCCUCUGCGUUCAUUAAAAACGGAUCAUUUAAAAUGAAUCCAGUGAUACUGCAGGUUUGGAUGGAAGAAGGAAAAAAAAAAAAAAAAAAAAAAAGAAACUGUUACUCCAGGAACAUGGUGGGCUACCCCUGGCUUAUAUGGGGGGGGGGGGUCAGGAUUAAAGGGUACCCAAAUCCAGUUUUAAAUCCAUUCAGGGAACAAAAUAUAUUUUACCAGAAAUGUCUUUAUUAUCACAUGUUUAAUACAAAAUAAACAACUGUACAUACACAGAAACGAUGAAAGAUUUACAUAAUUG